AUGCCUUCGUCUCUGGGGGCGACAGCAUAUGCUGUAUUCGCCGUGAUAUGCGUAUCUAUCUUGAAGGAGCUCAAUGCUCGUGUCACGGAGCCUUACAUGGACGAGCCAUUCCAUGUCCCACAGGCGCAGGCGUACUGUGAGAAUAAUUGGGCUUACUGGGAUCCCAAAAUUACGACACCACCAGGCCUAUACAUCAUAAGUGUCGGCUUGAAAAAGCUCUUUGUCUUCAAGUGCAACCUCGCUGUGCUUCGCCUGACACCUCUGCUAACACUCCUUCUCCUACCAUUCGCAUUGACGCGCCUUAUAUGCUACCACAGACGUGUCCGCUCACCAUCAUCCAUCUUCGAAACCACUUUUGACGCGGUGGUCGUCUCUGCAUUUCCGAUUGCAUGGUUCUUUGGAUUUCUCUAUUACACGGAAGUCCCCAGCUUGCUUUUUGUCAUCACGACUAUCGUCGCUGCUACUCAAGAUAGGCACUGGUUAGCUGCUCUGCUAGGUAUCGUCAGCUGUACAUUUCGCCAGACGAACAUCGUUUGGGUGCUCUAUGCGUAUGCGUCCAGCCAGCUGAUGUACCUUCGCUGGAGGCGUGUUGAUCAUGCUCAAACUCCUCCGCCCAAACUCCACGAUCCACCAGCGCUGUCAGCUGAGCCAGCCGAUAUUCUUAGGUUGAUGGCCAGCGCCCCCAAGGUCCUGCCUGACAUCUUACUCGACUUCGUGCCCUACGCAUUAGUGUGCACCAUUUUCGGGGCGUUCGUCGUAUGGAAUGGGGGCAUUGUGCUAGGCGACAAGUCGAAUCACAUUCCUUCGUUUCAUGUACCGCAGCUGUACUACUUCGUGGCCUUUGCAACGAUGAUGGGUUGGCCUAUCUUGGUCACAAGUGAGGGUGGGCCCCAAAAAAUGCUGCGGGAUGUUGGAUCGAGGAUGCGUACUGUGAUCACCCUGCUGGUUGCGGCGUUGAUGGCUGCGAGCGUCCACCUCUUCACGAUUCAUCACCCUUUCUUGUUGUCGGAUAACCGCCACUACACCUUUUAUGUCUGGCGUCGCAUAUUCAUGCUGCAUCCUCUUGUGCCGUAUCUGUUCAUACCCGGAUAUAUCGCAUGCGCUUGGGCAUGGUUCCUGCGUGCUGGCAAGUUCACCUUCUCUGAUAGCCAGUCGCUGUUGCAGACCCUGCUGCUCCCCGUAUGCACUUUGCCGAUCCUGCUCCCUACACCCCUUUUGGAGCCUCGCUACUUCCUGAUACCGUACGUGCUCAUGAGAGCGCAGAUUGUGGACGUACCGACUUGGGGAUUGGCUUUGGAAGUGGGAUGGUAUGGUGUGAUUAACGCCGCGACGAUGUGGGUGUUCCUCUUCAAGGAGAGGGACGGCGCAGUGCGAUUCAUGUGGUAG